CUAUUUUUGUCAAUUACCCAUAAUAAUAACAAAAUCAAUCGGAAAGAAGAUUUGAAGAAUGAAUCCCGAAGCACACAUAUAUUCUCCAUUUCAACGAUCAAAGCAUCAUCACCAAACUUCAGUCAAAACCUAAUCCAUCCAUCAUCUUUAUUCUGAAUAAAUUAGCUCAUCUAUCAAACCAAACCCUAAAAAUUCACUCACCCACUCCGCUUUCCUCUUCUCCUAUUUCUUUUUCCUUACCGCAGCCGCAAAAUCCACUCCGUCCAACAAAAAUGCUCCGAUUUCUAUACCGCCGUCUCAAAUCACGGUGGCCGCUGCUCGUUUACUCCGCCUCCUGGACGAUUCUCUUGACGCUUACCGUCGCCGCCGCCUCUUUCGCGCCGGAGCUCGCCUUCGCGUCGGCUAUUUCGCCGUCCUCGUCUUUUACUGCUCACUGCAAGUCCGAUGGUUUGGUUAGGGUUCCGAUGGAUAUUCCGGGAGAUGUUCUUUGCGUUCCGGACCGUUUGUUUAGGAAAUCGGGGAUUGAUCUGAUUGUUCCUCCGAUUUUCGCCGCCGUUGUAGUGGCUGGUUCUGCUUGUUUCGUUAGGGCCUUGGGCUUAUGGGCCGACGAUGAUGCCCUCUAAAUUGGGCCUCUUUUGGGCCGCAUUUGUUCUAGGGCCUUUCGGUAUGAAAGCCCAAUUUAACGUGUACAUUUUUCACAACUUGCUAAUGUUGAUGAUCCUUCUCUCAUUUUCUCUUCAUGUUUUAGGUGUAGUUUAAUUUCUAUGAUAUGUUUGUGAACAAACCUAACAAUUCCAAUGAAUUUGCUUUUAUGCUUUAUGGUUAUCCCAAAUU